AUGGCUAGGAGCAUGGAAGAACUUGCUUCAGACGAUGAAGUAGUAGGAGAAGUGAUGCCAAAUAAUGGAGACCCUGAUCAUCAUCAUCAUCAUGAACCUUUUUCAAAUGAUAGUAGAGACUCUGUUGAUUCUGUAACUGGUGUUAUGGAAAGGUCCAUUCACCACUGCAUACUUUCCGACCUUCACUUGCUUGAUUGCAGCAUUUGCUCUGAACCUUUAACUGUUCCAGUGUUCCAGUGCAAAAAUGGCCACAUUGCUUGCUCUGCAUGCUCUGCUAAUCUGUGUGGCACGUGCUUCACUCCCAUUAACUUCAGUCGUUGCAGAGCCAUUGAGAAUGUAUUGCAGUGCAUCAAAGUAACAUGCCAAUAUGCAAAUUUCGGUUGCAAAAAGACAAUGAGUUACAAUGAAAAGAAGAACCAUGAAGAGGAAUGCAUCUAUGUACCAUGUUUCUGUCCAAUUUCAGAGUGUAACUUUGUAGCCUCAUCCAAAUUGUUAUCCACUCAUGUCAGAGAAAAACAUGAGGCUUCUAGAAUCCAAUUUUCAUAUGAUCACUCUUUCUUGGUGUCCUUCGAUGAUGAUGUUCGGGAACCAUUUGUUUUUCAAGAGCAAAGUGAUGGCACAUUGUUUGUUCUCAACAAGGAUAUUUGGCGUUUGGGAUUUGUGGUCAGCAUUACCUGCAUUGGUCCUACAAUAUUUAACUCUUGUUCUGAGUCAGGGUAUCCUUAUGAUAUCUUGGCUAAGUCUCAAGGAUGUGAAGUGAAGUUGGAGUCUAUCACUAAGAACGUUCUGAGAAGAACUUUGGCUCUUCUUUCAUCAGUGUACCUUGUGAUUCCGUUUGAUUUGGAUUCUCCUGAGCCUCUCAAUCUGGAAAUUUGCAUAAGGAACAGACACAGUGGCGCACAUUCUCAUGAGUGCAGAAUUCCAUAG